GCGUCACUUCCGCUUCCUCCAGGCAGAGCGGGUAAUUCGAACGUUUAGGUUUCCGUCGGCCCUCCGGGUUGGCGCGAGGCCCGGCGUCGGCGGCGGCUGAGGCGGCGGCCGAGAUCGAGACCAAGGCUAACAUGUCCGAGAGGCGAACGAGGUCCGGAGGGUCCGCCCAGCUCUCUGGGCCCGGGGCCCCAUCUCCUACUCAGUCUCUGCGGAGGUCCCAGCGGAAAUCAGGCCCUGAUCUCCCGAGCACCCUCCCUGAAAUCUGGCCCAAGGCACCCCAUGCGGCUCCAGUCAGAAAGCCCAUCGUUUUGAAGAAGAUCGUAGCCCAACCUGUAGAGAUCCCGCCUGUCCACACACCUCGAAGGAGCCCAAGGAUUGCUUUUUUCUUGGAGAAGGAAAACAACCCUCCUAGCAAGGAGCCUGCUAAGGAGGAUCUCUUCAAGGCAUGUAAUAUACCCGUCACCCCCACCACCACCCCGGUGCUAUACCCCCUGAAUGUUGAGUCCAACUUCAGGGAAGAAGAGCUGGACAACAGAGACUUGGAAAUGUCUAAGAAGGUCAGGCGAUCCUACAGCCGGCUGGAGACCUUCGGCUCCGCCUCUACCUCCACCCCGGGCCGCCGGUCUUGCUUUGGUUUCGAGGGGCUGCUGGGGUCAGAAGACUUGGCCCGAGUCUCGCCUGUGGUGUCUUCCAAGUUAACCGAAGCCCCCAGGGUCCCUGUGAAGCCCUGGGCCCCAGAUACAACUCUCCCCGGGAUCUCCCCACCGGCCGUGAAAGAGAAGCGCAAGAAGAGAAAGGUGCCUGAGAUUCUGAAAUCGGAGCUGGAUGAAUGGGCUGCGGCCAUGAAUGCGGAGUUUGAAGCUGCUGAGCAGUUUGAUCUCCUGGUUGAAUGAGAUGUCGGGGUGGGGGGGUGUCCCUGGCCAUCCUGUCCCCUCCCUGUGUACAUAGCUCCUCCUCCCCGUGGAGAAGACACUUGGGGUCCCCUCCCCUGGCCCUGUUCCCUGUACAUAGGCUGUGGCUACAUGAGGCCUGCGUUCCUUGGAGGGCUGGUGCGGUGGCAACAGCCGUCUCAGGAGAUGGGGCUCUCUGGGCCUGGCCACGCACCGCUGUCCUGUGUCUGGUCCCUGCCUCCCAGCCGAGCCUCGCCACUUUCCAGCUGGGCUGCACACGGGGGAGUAGGAGUUGCUGGCACAGCCGGAGGAGGGGGAAGGGCUGGGGUUGCAGGUGAGCGGGGACCCGGGCCCUUGUUGGGGAACGCAGCUGCUCUGCACCAGCCCCGGCCCAGGCGAUCCCCCUGCCUUGUCUUCCAUCGGGGGCCUGGUUCCCAGCCACCAGCCCAUCUAUGUAAAGAGGCUUGGGUUCCCUCUUAGUUUCUGUAGAUGGGCCAGGAGAGAAUUUGUGGGUUGGGGAGAUUUCUGUCUGUGAGAGGAAGACCCCGGACACUGUAGAAUUUUACAUUUUGAAGGAGGGAGGGGAAACCUUGGUUGGGUCUCAGACCAGAAGCGUUUGCUCGGAGAAGCUGUGGUUGAUCGCUCUGCUCUGCUGUUGGGAUGUUCGGUUAAACGCCAGGCUGGUGGGACACUGGCUGCCUGGGGCAAAGGGGGUGCAUUUCCGGGUGUGGCCGCCAGGUGCCGGAAGCUGAGGCCCGGGCCUCUGGACAGGACACCUGCACAGGGCCGGGGAGGGGGCUGUGGUGGGAGGUGCCCCACUUGUCAUUUACACCUGUUUCUUACUAAACAAAGCGCACAGAGUCUCCUCCACUCUAGAGGGGAAAACAGGGUUGUACGGUCCUAACCCUUGUCCCAGACCUGCCAGCUUUGCAGCUACCCCACGCCGGUGCAUCUUCGGACGUUUCCGGGGUCACAGCAGUAGAGGCUGCGAGGAGUGUGGCAGGGCUGGUGGUAGCAGAGUGUCAGGGAAGAUGCGCUCAUGCUUGGUUAGGGGACUUGAGACCCCAGGGCAGGCCUGGUGGGCACUACUGAAAGCCCUUGCAAGGCCUGGGAGCCCCGGGCUACCUAUUCAGCUCUUCGUGCUUUGUCAGACCCCCCAAGCAAGCCCCCUUGCCGGGGUGGGCCUGGAUGCCCCUGAGCUGGACACCGGAAGAAUUCUUGUCCUCGCCGGCUGGUGGGGCGGAACUCCUGGGAAGUGUCCUAGUCCUGCAGAGUCGGGAGCUGCCAGGUGGUGUGGAGUGUAAAGAAAGAUUAUGUUGCUGUUGUUUGAAUAAAAAAAAAUCCUGAU